UCUAAAUGAUAAAAAAUGAAGACGGAAGUGGCUGAGCGCCGCAGUGUCCGUUUCCCACGUGAGAAGCCACCCUCCGUGAUCGUGCGUCGUCCCGCCAGCACAAGUGGAGCCCCGCGAUCCGAGAAAUGGUAAUCAGGAGCUUUCUGUGUGCACGGUCGCUGAACACGGGGGAACAGGUGCGUGAAUCCACGGCGGAUUGCUUCAUUUCUACGGUAACCACGACGCCGUACACAUUGCCGGUGGUGGUGCCGGUGGCAAUUGAAUAUUAUUGGGGUUGAGAGUGGGUUGUGACAAUUGUGUGUACUCGAAACAGUGAUCGAUUCGGAGGGAAUCCAGGAGUGGUGAGCUUAUUAAUCGUCGUUGGUGAUCUAUCUAGUGAGUCAUCGUCAAUGUGCUCCAGUAACCAAGACAACCGGCGUAUCAAGAGACCGUGAUGUCCAUCCGAGGAUGGAAAAGUGGCACGACGCCUACAUAAGUGCCCUGUGGGCAUUUACGUUGAUUUUCCACUGCUCUUUAACUGCAGCCUUAACAGACAACAGAUGCUACUUAGAAAAUGGAGCGUCAUCCGAAAGCUUCUUCGUCUCGGAAGACCUCCCGGUGGGCGCCAACAUCGGCCAGAUCCGGGUGCACGGUGACCCCCGUCCCGGAGGCACCAUAGCCCUGCACCUCAAGGAAACCGACAGCCCCGUGGCCAUCUCCCCGGGCACCAAGAACAUAACCCUGCGACGCCAGCUGGACAAGGAAGGCAUCGACGGCCCGUCCUCCGUCUACAUCAACCUGAUAUGCGAGAGGCUCCACACCGUGGACCCGGGCUUCGUGAUUCCGGUGAACAUACGUGUGACGGACGCCAACGACAACUCCCCCGUGUUCAUAAACGCGCCCUACGUCCUGAACAUAUCCGAGGUGACGGUGGUGGGCACGAGGGUGUUGCAGGGGGUGCACGCCAUCGACAACGACCAGCAGGGGCCGUUCUCGAGUGUGCGGUACUCCGUGUUGCCCGGACCGCACGCCGACUUUUUUGAGUUCGAGAACGAGCUCGAAGGCACGUUGGUGCUCAAAAAACCUCUGGACUACGAAACCCUGAGGACGUUCGACGUCAACAUCCGGGCCCAGGACCACGGGGAGCCGCCCAGGAAAACGGACACGGUGCUGUCGGUGAACGUCAUAGAUGCGGACGACCAGAACCCCAGAUUCCUGGACGACAGGUACACCGCCACCAUACAAGAUCCGGCCAAAAAAGGUACUGUCAUCAAUGUUAAGCCGAGGGAUAUUAAGGCGGUGGACCAGGACCUGGGUAUUAACUCCCCGGUGUUUUACACCUUCAACGGGAUUGGCCAGGAUUACACCUAUUUCAAGCUCAACAGGAACUCGGCGAAGAUAAUCCUUUCCAAGGACUUAACCGAGGGUGACCUACAGCAUCCAGCCACACUGGUAAUUCGUGCCACCCAACAGGAUAACCCUGAUAGGUACGCCUUGGCCACACUAACAGUGACCAAAGUUACCAUCAACGGCAUCAAGUUUUUGCACAGUGUGUUUUACGUGAAAGCUUCGGAAGCUUUGCAAAUCGGUUCGGUCAUAGCCACGUUGUCAAACAACAGACCCGGUGAAGACUUAAGGUAUUUUGUGUCCGACCAGAACAUCUUAAAGACCUUUGCCCUCAACACCAAGGGGGAGAUUUCUUUAAAGAAAAAACUGGACUAUGAAGAAAGGACUGAGUACUACUUCAAAGUGUUUGCUACAGAUGGAAUCACUAACGACUCCAGCGUGGUGAACAUAACAGUCGAGGACGUCAACGAGUGGGAGCCGCGGUUCCGCUACCCGCACUACGAGUUCUACGUAACGGGUCAGCCGAACGAGCUGAUCGGCCGCAUCGAAGCCGCCGACGGCGACAAGAGCGACAGGCUCACCCUCAGCCUCACCGGCAUCAACGCCACCUCCUUCUUCAUCACCCCGUCCGGGGAACUGCGAUUGCGCGAGGCCAAGGACUACAGGGGGAUCGCCAAUUUGGCGGUCACCGCCACAGAUUCAGGCACGCCGCCCAAAAAGAGCAGCGUGCCCGUCACGGUGCACUUUCCGGAGGCCGGAGAUGCGGCCGGAAUCGUGGCCAGCAGGGGGACUGGGGGAAGUCCCCUGCUUUUGGCCGGUUUGGGGGCCGUUUUGUUGAUACUGGCUUUUGUCAUUGCUUUAUUAAUUGCCUAUAUUUGCAAAGCAAAACGAUAUCCGGGCCAGGAGUUGCAAAACUCUCCGACGGAGAAAUCAGGUGGAAACCUGGGGCCAAGGAAAGUGAGCAACCCGAUGUUCGGAGACGAGAGGGUGGCCUCACCUACGGCUUCCGCCAUGGGCGGCAUUCCCAGUGAGCUUAAGUCACGAUUGCCCAGUCCCAAAGUCCAUCCGGCUCCUCAGCCUCCCAUGUGGCCGCAUUCCGCUUCCUCCACCAGGGUGAAGAAGCUUAGUUGGGGGGACGACAAGUUUUUGCAGACUGACUCGGAGAGUACCGAAACGAUUAACAACAUCGACACCACACCAAAGAUUUUAGAUAACAGCAAUUUAACUGUUUAUUUUUAAAACUCUGUUAGUCUAGAGUUUGGUUUUCUUAUAUAUAUUUCUAUUUAAUAACUGUUUACUCAUACAUUGUUUUA